GUAAGUGGGGCGAAAUCAACUCCAAUUUCAUUUGAAUUGCAGUUCACCGAUCAGUGUUCGUGUUGUAAAUGUCGAAAGCGUUGGCAGUUGGCGAUUCUUGCGAAUAUCGGUUUCUUGAUUGUUUUUGGAAUACGUUGCAAUUUUGGUGCAGCAAAAACCCAUAUGGCACGCAAUUAUGUGGAUCCAUGGGGAAGGGAACAUAUGAAAGAGUUCAACUGGACGAUAACAGAACUUGGUGUCAUGGAGAGUUCGUUCUUCUAUGGAUAUCUUGUAACGCAAAUACCUGCUGGUUUCCUGGCCGCCAAAUUCGCUCCUAAUAAGUGA